AUGCUCUCACGUGUUGCUGCUGUGAAGGCACCCCGCACACACAACCGUCGCCGUGUGACCGGAUCCAGCGGAAGGAGGAGGGAAGGAAGAGAGAGUGAGCCGCAGAGGCCCCACAUGUCCCGGCGUGUGUUUAAUUCCGCGGUGCUGCUCCUACUUGUCGUGAUGAUGUGCUGCGGCACUGGUGGAGCUGCAGCCGUUGUGGAGGGUAAGUCCGGGGAUGCGCAGCUGCUUCAAUGGGUCGAUAUUUUUGUGUCGGAAAAGACGCAGGUGCUGUCGAAAGAGGGGUCUGAAACUGGUGUGAGGGAUGCAUUUGCUGUGCCUUCUCUUGUCAGUGCUGGUGGAGUAAUGGCUGUCUUUGCUGAAGGCUUGUUCGUUUAUAAAGUCCAUGGAGAGGACUUGUUUGGGAUUAAGCCUUACGAAAUUGUGGCCGGGUACAUCAAGGCUGCGGAGUCGUGGCCGUCCAUUGUCGCCGAGGUCAAUGCUGGUACAUGGAGGGCACGCACCGUUAUUGGCAGUAAGAAUGACGAUGAUCGUUUGCGUUUUUUGUACGGGCCCACAGCAGUUGCAAAGGACAAUAAGGUGUUUCUACUUGUGGGAAGCAGUACUACAAGAUAUGACAAUGUUAAAGAUACGUGGGUAAAAGAUGGCUGGGACAUUCAACUGGUUGAGGGUGUGGCCACGCAGUCCACGGACGGCGUGCAGAGUACACUGAUCAACUGGGCUGAACCCAAUUCGAUUUUACAACAGAUACCCAAACAAACUCAAGAUCAGCUGAUGCAACUUCUGACUGCUGGUGGUUCAGGCAUUGUGAUGCAGAAUGACACGCUUGUGUUUCCCCUGACGGCGAAUGGGAAAAAUUACCCUUUCUCCAUAAUCACUUACUCGACGGACAACGGCAAUACCUGGGUGUUCCCAGAGAGCAUUUCUCCUUGGGAAUGCUCUGAUCCCCGCAUCACCGAAUGGGAGACGGGACAAAUUCUCAUGAUCGUUCAGUGUAAAGAUGACCAGAGUGUGCUCGAGUCGCGGGACAUGGGGGCAACGUGGACGGAGGCUGUCAGGACACUCUCAGGCGUGUGGGUCAGGCCACAACCAGGAGUUCGUCUAUACGAAAUUUUUCGUGUGGGAGCCCUCAUCACCGCGACCAUUGAGGGCAGGAAGGUCAUGCUGUACAUUCAGAGAGGGUACACCUCGGGGGAGAAAGAGGCCAAUGCGCUCUACCUUUGGGUCACGGACAACAACCGCACUUUUCAUGUUGGACCGCUUUUUUUGGAGGAUAAUGUGAAUGAGACGCUUGUCAACGCCCUGCUGUACUCGGAUGGAAGUUUGCACCUUUUAAAGGAGGGGGGCAUUAAAACAAGCAAAGCCGUUUCACUUGCCCGCCUGACUGAGGAGCUGAAUACGAUCAGGUCCGUCCUCAGCACUUGGGCACAGCUGGACGCCUUCUUCUCCAAGUCGUCCACACCCACGGCUGGUCUGGUUGGAUUCCUGUCCGAUGCAGCCAGUGGUGACACAUGGACCGACGAUUACCGCUGCGUGAAUGCAACGGUGACGAAGGCAGCGAAGGUAAAAAAUGGGUUCAACUUCACGGGGCCUGGAUCCAUGGCAACAUGGCCCGUGAACAGCCGGGAGGAUAAUAAUCAGUACGGCUUUGUGAACUACGAUUUCACUGUUGUGGCGACGGUGACUAUCCACCAGGUUCCGAAGGGGAGCACUCCUCUGCUGGGUGCGGGUCUGGGGGACAGCAAGGGCACGAGGUUCAUUGGGUUGUCGUACAGCAUGGAUAAAACGUGGGAGACAGUGUUUGACGGGACAACAAAAACACAGAUAAGCACUUGGGAGCCGGGGAGAGAAUACCAGGUGGCGCUCAUGCUGCAGGACGGCAACAAGGGCUCCGUGUACGUGGAUGGUGAGCUUGUGGGGAGCCCGGAAACGAUACCAACACCUGAGGCGCGUGGUGCUGAAAUCUCACACUUCUACUUUGGGGGCGACGAGGGAGACAGCGACAGCAGCGUGACAGUGACGAACGUCUUUCUGUACAACCGCCCACUGAGUGACGAUGAACUAAAAAUGGUCAAGAAGAGCGACGGCAAAAAAGGUAAUGGUGACGACUCCAUGCGUGGGGGCGUGUCUCGGGUGCUCCUGCUGCUGCUGCUGCUGGGGCUGUGGGGCAUUUUGGCCCUUUACUGA